AAAAAAGACGGAAGGGAGUAGCAAAUUUUGAAAACGAUAGAAACCAUGGAUUCCGCUUUUAGCCCAAACAUUUUCACAAACAAUCACGUGGAAGGAUUUUAUUUGUUUUAAAAGAGAAAGAUGAGAAGCCUUAAGUCCAAUUCCCUGUUGUUAGUCCUUUCAGUGCUUCUCUUCAUCACUUUCUCUCAUAUUGCUGAGGCAAAAUUUUCAAAGCUUCAUCCUUCAGACUGCAAACCAAGAUGUAGUUAUAGGUGCUCAGCAACAUCAUACAAGAAGCCAUGCAUGUUCUUUUGCCUAAAGUGUUGCUCAAAGUGCCUUUGUGUUCCACCUGGGACUUACGGUAACAAACAUCUAUGCCCUUGCUACAAUAAUUGGAAGACCAAGGAAGGAGGACCAAAAUGCCCUUGAACUUACACAAGCGUUUCAUUGUUAUUUUUAUUUUUAAAUCCCAAUGCAUACUGUUUAUGCUAUAAAUGUACUUCUUAAUAUUAUACUUUUUUUCUUAGAAAAUUGAAUUAUCAUGAAGAGCUGUUGGGAUGAUUUCAUUUCCAAUAUUUAUUUUUGCAUUAA